AUGGCGGAGAAAGACCAGACACAAGCCCACGAGGCCUACGACUCGUCGCGCCCAAGUCCGCGCGAAGAGCGAUUCUCCUCAGAAGAAGAUGGCGAGGUCUUCAAGAAGACGAGCACCGGCGUCGACUUCCGCAAGGUCGGCUGGUUCAACGCAACCGUCAUCUUUACCAAGAUCCUCUUCGCGACCGGUGUUCUCUCGCUCCCCUCGGCCCUGUACGCCCUCGGCGCUGUCGGCGGCUCCAUCAGCAUCGUCGCCUGGGGCGCCUUCAACACGUACUGCUUUGUGAUCCUGGGUAACUUCCGCCUCAAGCACCCGCACUGCCACUCCAUUGCGGAUAUGGCUGAGGUGGCACUGGGGAUUGUUGGCAAGGAAGUGACCGGUCUACUGUUUAUUAUCGGCUAUGUUCUUGUUACGGGCAGUGGCAUCGUCGGUGUAUCGACCGCGCUCAAUGCGCUCUCGCACCAUGCGGCGUGUACAGUCUGGUGGUCGUUCCUCGCGACAGUGGUCAUAAUCGCCACCGCCUCAAUCCGCAAACUCGAGCACGUCGGCUGGCUGUCCUACGUGGGCUUCUUAUCAAUCUACAUCGCCGUCUUCAUCGUCGUCGUCGGCGUGACGCAGCGCGACAGACCAGCAGCCGCGCCGCAAGAGGGCCCCUACGACCUGGGCUACGUCGCGAUCAACAACCCUGGGUUCGCGGGCGGCAUGGUCGCGUCGAGCACGAUUUUCGUCUCGUCGGCGGGCACCAGUGCGUUUCUGCCUGUCAUCUCGGAGAUGCGCAAUCCGAAGGAGUAUAAAAAGCCACUGUACUAUUGUAUGACACUUGUGACUGCGUCGUACCUGGCUUUUGGGCUCGUUGUUUAUCGAUGGUGUGGCAUGUGGGUUGCUAGUCCGUCGCUCGGGAGCGCCGGACAAACAAUCAAGAUGGUCUCGUAUGGCGUCGCCCUGAUCGGCCUGAUCGUUAGUGGUACUCUCUACCUGCAUGUCGGCGCAAAAUACGUCUUCGUCCGCAUCCUCGGCAAAACAGCGCACCUGCAAUCCAACAGCGUGAUCCACUGGGGCACCUGGCUCUCCUGCACGACGAUCCUCGGCGCACUGGCCUUUAUCCUCGCGGAAUCAAUCCCGAUCUUCAACUACCUGAUUGCCCUCGUCGGCUCGGUGUGUUUCGCCCCGCUGGCCAUGAGUCUCCCCGGGUUGCUCUGGCUGUAUGACCACGGACAUUAUCGGAAGGGUUCACUCGUUCAGAAGGUUGUGUAUGGAUUGCAUAUCGGCCUUGUUCUUCUGGGCAUCUUCUUCCUGGUUGGUGCGACGUAUGGUGUCGUCAAGCAGAUUAUCGAUGCGUAUGCUACGGGGUUAAUUGGAUCGGCAUUUUCGUGUGCGGAUAACUCGAACUCCUCUUGA